CUGCGCGUGCGCGCGCUGCGCAGCCCAUUUACCUCGCGCCUUGUUUGGCCUCUGCUGCGCGCUGUCGAUGGCGCAGUGCGUUGCCAUAGAGACCCGUGAGCACCGAGGGCCGAGCGGCGGAGGUUCCGGGCGAGCGGCGGGGAUUCCGUGCUGGUGGGGACCAGAGCGUCAUGUCUUUCCGUGACCUCCGCAAUUUUACAGAGAUGAUGAGAGCCUUGGGAUACCCUCGACAUAUUUCUAUGGAAAAUUUCCGCACACCAAAUUUUGGACUUGUGUCUGAAGUUCUUCUCUGGCUUGUGAAAAGGUAUGAACCUCAGACUGACAUCCCUUCUGAUGUUGACACGGAACAAGACCGAGUUUUCUUCAUUAAGGCAGUUGCCCAGUUCAUGGCCACCAAGGCACAUAUAAAACUCAAUACUAAGAAGCUUUAUCAAGCAGAUGGGUAUGCAGUGAAAGAACUAUUGAAAAUCACUUCUGUCCUUUAUAAUGCUAUGAAGACCAAAGGGAUGGAGGGUUCUAAAAUAGGAGAGGAUGAUAUCAGCAAGUUCAAGUUUGAUCUUGGCUCAAAGAUUGCAGAUUUGAAAGCAGCCAGGCUGCUUGCUUCUGAAAUCACCUCCAAAGGAGCAUCUCUGUAUGACUUGCUGGGCAAGGAGGUAGAGUUGAGGGAACUGAGAACAGAAGCAAUUGCCAGACCUUUGGAAAUAAAUGAGACUGAAAAAGUGAUGAGAAUUGCAAUAAAAGAUAUUUUGGCACAGGUUCAGAAGACUAAAGACCUGCUUAAUAACGUGGCCUCUGACGAAGCUAAUUUAGAAGCCAAAAUUGAAAAGAGGAAAUUAGAACUGGAAAGAAACCGGAAGCGGCUCCAGACUCUGCAGAGUGUCAGGCCAGCCUUCAUGGAUGAAUAUGAGAAGAUUGAGGAAGAAUUGCAAAAGCAGUAUGACAUUUAUCUAGAAAAAUUUAGAAAUCUGGCUUAUCUGGAACAACAACUCGAGGAUCAUCACAGGAUGGAACAAGAGAGGUUUGAGGAAGCUGAAAAUACUCUCCGACUAAUGCAGAACAAGCUGAAGGAAGAAGAAAAGCGAUUGCUCAAGAGUGGAAGUAAUGAUGGCUCGGACAUUGACAUCCAGGAGGAGGAUGAAUCUGACAGUGAACUGGAGGAGAGACAGCUGUCCAAGCCAAGGACAGCCGUGGAGGUGCUCAUGCAAGGAAGACCUGGCAAACGCAUCGUGGGCACAAUGCAAGGCGCAGACUCCGAUGAUGAUAUGGAAGCAGUACCAGCUCUGUUAGGUAAAUGCAAGACUUCCAGCUCCAAGAAGCAGGAAGACUCAGAAGACAGUGAGAUUGGCAUGGAAGAUGAUGAAGAAGAUGACGAUGAUUUGGAAGAUGAGAGCAUUGCUCUCUCACCAGCGAAGCCCAGUCGAAGGGUCCAGAAACCCGAGCCCCUGGAUGACAGUGACAAUGACUUCUGACCUUCUUGCCACGGGAGCAGGCAGAUUAAAACCCUCAGAUUUGUAGGUAAACGGGAACUUAGAAGGUUAGGAAGGAAACAUAUUUUAUUCCCUAAGCCAGCUGGACUUUUUGUUAAUGAAGCAAUACCUGUUUUUGCUUUAGCUUCCUAUGUGUUUUACUCCAUGAAGCUUAACAAGAACCAGAGUGAACCCCAAAGAUGAUUUUUUUUUUUUUUGCCUUGUUUAUCUCCUGAUACUUGGAAAAUGCAUGUGUUCUUAGUCAUUCACAUCCACAGGACAAAAACUUGAGAGGAAGUAAGUUUCUAUGUAAGUCUUGGCUAUUGUUGUCACACAUUUCCUCUAAGAAUCAGAGGGACAGAUCUGGGGCUGGGACUGGGUACAAGGACUCAUUUUAGGAAUCUAGGUGAAUGUCUGACUAUUAAUCUCUUGUACAAUUUAUAAGCUUUUAAUUCUAGCCUUUUUUCAUUUUAUAGUCUUAUUUUCUUCUGCAUGCUCACAAUACCAAGCUUUAAAUGUAUUUUACUAAAAUUUUCUGAAUGAAAGUUAGCUAAAUUAGAUGAAAAGCAACGUUCCUUGAAAAUCAGGCAACAGAGAGAUGCUGCAGAUUGUAACUACUCCACUUUAUAUCAGAAAGCUGACAUUCCUUUUUAGGAAAGCAAAUUAAGGAGAAGUGUUAGUACAGAUUCGUGUUUCUUACUUAAAAAAAUAAACCAGAAUUGAAUUAGGUAGAGUAGCACUAGAAUUUUCCUGUUGUGAAAUGAGAAAUGACAGAUAGGUAGCGUUGUUUUGUUUUUUUAACAUGGAAAGCACAAAACAGUUUUCAUUUAUUUUUCAAUUAUAAAGUCAGAAGACUUCUGAAGUUACUUACCUCUUAAUAAAUGUACUUAAUACAA